UUAUUAGUAGUUCUUCUUCACUCAAAAAGAACAAUAGAUCGGUAUUAAAACUUAAAAGCCUUCCCUUUUCCUCUUCUCCACCAUGUUUUGACUUGAACAAGUUUUUUUACAUUUUUCUGUCUUGUUCCCACGUCUCAGAAUUGAAAACCCAGUUUGAAUUUUAAGUUCAUUUGCUAAAUUUUUUAUCUGGGUUUUGAAUCUACUGGUUUUUGAAAAUGGCUCCAAGUUCAGUUGUGGUCACCAUUGAGAAGCCUAAUAAGUUCUCUUUAGUGGAAAUCAAUGGCUCAGAUUCAACUCUGCUACUCGAGAAACAAAAAGCAGUGAGUCCCAAACAGUUCACAUGGUUCCUUUUCCUCAAAGCUAACAGAGUUUUUGCUUGUCUUUCAUGGCUGCCAAUGGCUUUGAAAACCAUGUUUUUAUCGGUCAAGAAACGCAUUGCAUUAUCUGAUGUGAGUGAAGAAGAAGCCAAAAGCAGAAGAUUGUAUAGAUUCAUCAAAGUCUUUCUUUUUAUCUCUAUAUUUGCUUUGGUUUUAGAAAUCUUUGCUCAUUUGAAGAAAUGGAAUUUGAACAUGAUUCAACCAUGGGAGGUUCAAGGUCUCUUCCAAUGGUGUUAUAUGACAUGGUUGUCAUUUAGAGUUGAUUAUGUUGCUCCAUUGGUGCUAACCAUGUCCAAAUUCUGCAUUGUUCUCUUCUUGAUUCAGUCUCUUGAUCGCCUUAUUCUUUGUUUGGGUUGUUUCUGGAUUAAAUAUAAGAACUUGAAACCAAGAAUCAAUGGAGAUGCUUAUGAUAUUGAAGAUGGCUCAAGUUUUCCUAUGGUUCUAGUGCAGAUCCCAAUGUGCAAUGAAAGAGAGGUAUUUGCACAAUCAAUUGCAGCUGCUUCUCAGCUUGAUUGGCCUAAAGACCGGAUUCUAAUUCAAGUUCUAGAUGAUUCAGAUGAUGGGAAUUUACAGCUUUUGAUCAAAGAUGAAGUUUCAUUAUGGCGUGAGAAAGGGGUGAACAUAAUCUACCGGCAUCGGUUAAUCCGAACCGGAUACAAAGCCGGCAACCUUAAAUCAGCAAUGGCAUGUGAUUAUGUUAAGGACUAUGAAUUUGUUGCUAUAUUUGAUGCAGAUUUCCAGCCUAACCCUGAUUUCCUCAAGCAAACCGUGCCUCACUUCAAGGGUGACCCUGAGCUUGGUUUAGUUCAAGCUCGUUGGUCAUUUGUGAAUAAAGAUGAGAAUUUGCUUACAAGGCUUCAAAACAUCAAUCUUUGCUUCCAUUUCGAAGUUGAGCAGCAAGUGAAUGGUGCUUUCCUCAACUUCUUCGGAUUCAACGGGACAGCUGGCGUGUGGAGGAUCAAGGCCUUGGAAGAAUCCGGUGGUUGGCUUGAGAGAACAACUGUUGAGGACAUGGAUAUCGCGGUUCGAGCACACUUAAAUGGAUGGAAAUUCAUCUUCCUCAAUGAUGUUAAAGUGCUUUGUGAGCUGCCUGAGUCUUAUGAAGCUUACAAGAAACAGCAGCACCGAUGGCAUUCAGGUCCGAUGCAGUUGUUUCGGUUAUGUCUCCCUGCAAUUGUAACAUCCAAGAUAUCGGUAUCGAAGAAGGCCAACUUGAUAUUCCUGUUUUUCCUACUAAGGAAGCUUAUACUUCCAUUUUACUCCUUCACAUUGUUCUGCAUCAUACUUCCAUUAACAAUGUUCAUUCCUGAAGCUGAACUUCCCCUUUGGGUUAUCUGUUAUAUCCCAAUUUUCAUGUCAUUCCUAAACAUCCUCCCGGCCCUGAAAUCCUUCCCUUUCUUAGUCCCGUACCUUCUGUUCGAAAACACAAUGUCGGUAACCAAAUUUAAUGCCAUGAUCUCGGGACUAUUCCAGCUCGGGAGCGCCUACGAAUGGGUAGUAACGAAGAAAACAGGUCGAUCAUCAGAAUCCGACUUAGUGGCCUUAGCUGAAAGGGAAUCGAAAUCAUUGAACGAAGAAAAGAUCACGAGGAGACACUCCGAAUCCGGGUUGGAGACAUUGAAUAAACUCAAAAAACAAGAAGAAAUCACCCCUUUGAAGAAGAGAAAUCGACUCUAUAGGAAAGAGCUGGUACUGGCUUUUCUUCUACUCACCGCUGCUGCAAGAAGCUUACUGUCUGCACAUGGAGUUCAUUUCUAUUUCUUGUUGUUUCAAGGCUUGACUUUUCUAGUAGUUGGCUUGGAUUUGAUUGGUGAACAAAUAAGUUAAAAACAACAACAACAAAGAGACAACCUAGUUUUUUUUCAAAUUAUAAUGUUUUUUUUAGUGCAUAUACAGAGUUUGGAUUGGUUUCCAUGGACUAAAGCUAGAAUUAAGAGAUAAAAAAGAGUUGAGUUUAUUGUAUACUUCUACAAGUAUCUGUGUAUCAAUAAUAUGAUAAUUCAAUAUAAAAUUUUCAAUUCCAAUUUA